AUGGACAUGCAUGCUGAGUUAAUGCGUCAGAGACAGCAUCUUGAAGAAACAGUUCAGUCUCUUAGGAAUCAAGUAUACAAGAAUUCUUUGCAGAAGCAAAAGAAUGCUUCAAGGAUUAUGCAGGAAAACAAAGAAUUACUUACAGAACUCAACAUGCUCCGUAAGAAGCUUAAAGAAACACAAGAGCAUUGUGCAGAAAUGGAGGCAAUCAUUGGUGUUAAUAAACGAUGUAUGUCCCCAGAGAAAGCUCGUGCAUGUUUAGAAAAGGCCAUCAGAAACAAUGAGGCUAUUGAAUAUGAGUAUCAGCAAAAACUGAAUGAAAAUGAGACAACUAUAAGAUUGCUGAAUGAAGAGAUUCAACGACUUAUCAGAGUGAUAAAUAAAAAAAAUGAGAAUGCACAAGAGAAACUAUUAAUGCCAACGAGGGAACUGCAUAGAACUAAUUGGGCAAAUAACCGACAAACAUGUCUUCCAUCUAGUCCAGAACAUAUUAGGGAAGCAGGAAGAUAUGAAAAGCACAAAGGACUUUAA